AUGGCGGGCGUCCUGCUCAUCAUCCUUGGCUUCCUCCUCAUGCCGCCGUCGGCAGCGGCAGUGGAGCAGGUCUGUGGCAACGCCGGAAACUACACGGCCAACGGCACCUACCAGUCUAACCUGGCCUUCCUCGCCAACACCCUCCCAAUCAAUGCCUCCUACUCCCCGCAGCUCUUCGCCACCGCCACCGCCACCGCCACCGCCGGCCAAUCCCCCGACGUGGUGUACACGCUCGCGCUCUGCCGGGGCGACAUCACCAUCGUCACCGCGUGCAGCAUGCAGCGGAUGUGCCCCUUCGACAAGGGCGCCGCCGUCUACAAACUCACAACUGAGAAUGCAGCUGAUGGACCGACCAUGUUAGAUGUUGUUGCAAUGCUAAGCAGCAAGACUAAGAUCCUGGCGGAGCCGAAGCACCCGGCAUAUUUCAAUGUAAGGGUAGGAAAUGAAGAAGCAUUAUCCACCGCUACUAAGUCAUGCAGUAUUAAUGAUAUGACCAUAUCUGUCACAACUGCUUUUGCUCUCGAGGAAACAGCAGGCAAACGAUACUGGCACUACUAG